UAAAAUUAAAUGUUCAAAAAGAAGUUAAAGGAGUUUUAUAUUUGCGAUUGUUUUCUCUUCCAUUAAUAAAAAUCAAUAUAAUUGCAAAAAAAAAACUGGGGUUAUGGAAGACAAUGGUAUGCCAUUGCAAGAUUAAGUAAAAAUUCUUUUAUUUUUGUUGAAGAUCAAGGUUAAAAGAGACUCUAUAUCAAAAGAUUUUGACAGUUCAUCUGGUGAAUAAUUUGUUGGUUAGUUAAAUGAAUCCAACAGAAUUGUUUUGAGUAGAAAAUUUGAGUUACACAAUUGAUCUGCUGUUUACAACCUUUUGUAAUAUCAGACCAAAUAACAAUUAUGACAGAAAAAAUUAAAUCACUUUUUCUCAAGGCAAAAUUGGAUGCAAAAUUUAUGAAUGCCGGAAAAGGACACAAAUUGACAGAAUCAACUAGCAAUGAUGGAUCUACUUCUGUAGUAGAGCCAAGAAAAAGAGUGGAACCUACAGAAGAAGCUAAAGUAGCUGGUCAAGCAGCUUUGGCAAGACUGGAAGCAAAAGAAUCUAACAUAAAAAGAUUUAACACAUCAUAUGCAACUAUUAAAGCACAAGUGAAACGAGAAUUAGAACAAAAAAGAAGAGCACAACAAAAUGUAGAGAAAGAUUAUGUGCAAUCAGAAGAAAAAGCUGAAAAUGCAGUUAAGGAUAAUUCUUUGUUAGCUGUUACUAAUAUAUACUAUCGUUGUCCAUAUUUAUCUGAUGAAAUAUUAUCACAAGAUGAAUGGAAUGUAAAAAUAAAAGAAUUUUUAUAUGAACAAUUGAAAGGAGAAGAUAAGGGUUUAAUAUCAUGUUUAAUUAUACAAAAUUGCAAUAGUAAAAAGAAUAGAAUUAAUGCUUGUGUUGAAACACUUGGAAAAUAUCUAGAAAAUAUUAUAAAUAAUCCAGAGGAAGAAAAGUAUCAGAAGAUUAGGAUGCAGAAUAGAAUAUUUCAAGACAAAGUGGCCCCGAUUGAAGGUGCAUUAGAGUUUUUAAAUGCUGCUGGUUUUCAUCAGAAGAAGUUAUUGAAUAAUGAUAAAGAAGAUGAUUUCUUAAUUCGUAAUGCAGAUAAUUGUGAUAUUGAAAACAUUACCAUGUUAUUGGAAGCAUUAAAAGUUGCACAGCCCAUUCCACUGGAACUAGACAGAAAUCUUCAAGUAUUGUUACCUAUGCAAGCAAACAAGAAAACUGAAUUGCCAUCGGGCUUUUUCAAUUUAACUGCUGACGAUAUAGAGAAAGAACAACAACUUCGAACUGAAGCAGUUGAGAGAGAUCAGAUGUUAAAAACAAAAGCCAUGAGAGAAAGAGACGAAAAACAGAGACUUAGAAAAUAUAAAUUUUCAUUGAUCCGUAUAAAAUUUCCAGAUAAUCUUAUUUUACAAGGAACAUUUUCUAUACAUGAAAAAUUUCAAAAUGUUGUUAAUUUUGUUAGUGAGAAUUUGAUAAAUAACGACAAGCCUUUCAGCUUAAAAAAGCUUCCUCAAACAACAUUUAGUGAAGAUUCUUUUGAUAAAACAUUACUUGAAUUAGAAUUAUUCCCUGCUGUAAUAUUGAUGUUUUCCUGGAAAAGUAAAUCAGAAGAAAUGAGCCACGACGAAUCUGAAGGAUACUUAAAGGAAGAGUUACUUUCUAUCAUACAACCUGCUUAAAUUUAUAUUAUCUAAUCUUUACAAAUUGUAAUUAUAAAUACUGAAAAAGAUAAAUAUAAGUAUCAUUAUGCGGCUUACUUCUUUUAAUAUGAUAGAAACGAUAAAAGGCGGCUGUAAUGCAAAUAUUCAUUCCAAAUUUUAAUAGUUCAUACAAUGAGAAUAGAGUCCUGUAUAAUGCAGAUGAAAGAAAGGUAAAUGUUUCAUAUUUCCUUUUCUAUUAUAUUUUUUCAAUAUUUGUAAGUAAAAUUUAUAUGGUUAUUAAUUUUAAGUAUCAUUUUUUAAAUGAUAAAAGGAUAUUAUGUAAAAUCAUUUUCACCAAAAAAAGCUUUACAGAUAAUAGUGUAUAUUAUUAAUUUUCUAAAAUUAAUAAAUGUUAAUGAAUGCUAUUGAUAAUUUCAAUUGAAAUCUGAAAGUUCGAAAUUUGCUUACUACAUUAUAUGGAGAUCUAUAUAUUAAGAAUUAAUUGCAUAAAAAAUGUACAAGAUUCUACAAUUUAUUAGGAUUCUUCCAGCAUUUGUAAAUAUAUUACAUUUUAUUUGGGUACACUAUAAAGAAAUUUCGUACUUAGUAAAAUUGUGAUAAAUUUAUUAAUUUGGUACAAUUUUGUAUUUUCAAUUUUAAAUUAUGGAAUAGAAAUAAUGUGCUUUUUUUUAUAGAAAUAUAUGUAUUGUAGCUUUACAUGCCUUGUUAUUUAUGAAAAUAAAUUAUGUUAUUGUUGUAAUACUAAAACAGAUAACAAAAGUUAUGGUUUAUUUUGUGUACAUUAAUCCUGCACGUUUGUGCAUUUUGGCACUUCUGUUAUAUAUUAAUAUUUAAUAUUUUAUAUAUCAGUCUUUGUAUAUUUCUUAUAUGUUUAAAACUUACUAUCAUUGUCUAAAAUGUUACAGAAAAGUAAAUACACAUAUGUUAAAUAACUUAUGAUGUAUAGUGUAUCCUAUUCAUUCAAGUAAUUUAUAAAACAAAAUUAGUCAGGAACAAAAAGUAAUACUAAUUAUGCAUAUAUGUAAUUAUAACAGUUGUAAAAACAAAAUAAAAGAAUAUCCAAUAAAUAGAAA